AUGAAAAACGUAAUUUGGAACUCUUUGGUUGCAGCAUGGCGAAGGGAUAGAGGAUACGUGCAAUACGAGAAACCGGAUAAAUACCUGUACAAAAAACCAUAUGAAACUGAUAACAUGUUAGCACCAAGGAAUCCUUGCAAUUACAAUGUUGAUAUGGGCGACACACUUUGUGAUCGAGAUGCUGCUAUUAAGUAUCAUUUCGACGCGGAAACAAUGACUUGUUUACCUUUCAAAUUCUCAGGAUGUGGUGGAAAUCCGAACAAUUUCCAUUCCCGCUCAGAGUGCACAAACGAGUGUUUGCCAAUGGAUCAUUUGAAAUGCCCAGCGAAUUCGCCUCCAGUCCGUAGACCCGAUGGUAGUGCUGAUUGCGAUAAGCGAAGCAAUAAGUGUCCAGAAGGUUCAAGCUGCAAAAUCGGAUGGCAAGUAGGCAUCUGUUGCGAUAACAAAGAUUUAGGUAAGUAG